AUGAAAAAUCUUGAAAAUCAACCUACACUAACUGAAUUGAUUGAAAAUACAGUCUCACAUAUUUCAAAGUUUUCCUGGAAAACAAGUGAAGGGAAAAUUUUGAAACUUUUUACAUGUAAAGAGGAAGGUAAGAAGCUCAUUUUCCCAAAAUUUCAAAUUUUUCCAGUGGAAAACAGCAACAUGAAAAAUUUUGAAAAUCAACCAACAAUAAUUGAAUUAAUUGAAAAUACAGUCUCACAUAUUUCAAAGUUUUCCUGGGAAACUAGUGAAGGGAAAAUUUUGAAACUUUUUGCAUGUAAAGAGGAAGGUGAGAAGCUCAUUUUCCCAAAGUUUCAAAUUUUUGCAGUGAAAAAUAACAACAUGAAAAAUCUUGGAAUUCAACCUACAUAAACUGAAUUA